CCUCACAAGCUUUAUUCCGCUCGCUGGUCCGCCACCUCAGGGGAACGAUGGCCGCAGAGUCCACAGCCACUGCCGCCAUCGCUGCAGAGCCGGUUCCCGCCAACAAGGAGUGACGUACAUAUGCAUGAACAGUGAGGGGAGGAUCUUCAGUCUCAUAUGCAUGUGCAGUCUGCAUAAUUUUAGUGAAUGGGUUUUUGCAUACCUGUGUACAGCCCAAAGAUGCAACGGCUCUCUGCUGCCACCCCAGGAAGGUCAUAUAGCCGAAUUGAGGAAGAUGCUCCAGCUCCUUCGACCUCUGCAGAUAAAGUAGAGAGUUUGGAUGUGGAUAGUGAAGCUAAGAAACUACUGGGUUUAGGACAGAAACAUCUGGUGAUGGGGGAUAUUCCAGCAGCUGUCAAUGCAUUCCAGGAAGCAGCUAGUCUUUUAGGUAAAAAGUAUGGAGAAACAGCUAAUGAAUGUGGAGAAGCCUUCUUUUUCUAUGGGAAAUCCCUUCUGGAGUUGGCAAGAAUGGAGAAUGGUGUGUUGGGAAAUGCCCUGGAAGGUGUGCAUGUGGAAGAGGAGGAAGGAGAAAAAACAGAAGACGAAUCUUUGGUAGAAAAUAACGAUAACAUAGAUGAGGAAGCAAGGGAAGAGUUGAGAGAACAGGUUUAUGACGCGAUGGGAGAAAAAGAAGAAGCCAAAAAAACAGAAGACAAAUCUCUGGUAAAGCCUGAAACUGAUAAAGAACAAGAGACUGAAACGGAGAAAGGUGGAAGAGAAGAUAUGGAUUUAAGUGAGCCUGCAGAGGAGCUACAGGUCAAAGUUGAAUCAACCCCAGAUCAGUUAACUGAAACUGCUGAAGACACAAAAGGAGCAGCAGCACCAGGACUGAAUGAAGCUGAGGUCUCUUCUGAGAAGCUAGAACAGGAAGCACCAGAUGCUGAGGAAGGAAAAUCAGUUUCUGGAAUAGACAUCCAGGAAGAAGAGUACAGAGAAAAAGGAGGUCAGGAGAAGCAGGGAGAGGUAAUUGUGAGCAUGGAGGAAAAGCCUAAAGAAGCUCCAGAAGAACAGUCUGUUGUGACUCUAGAAGAGCAGGGCACCGCAGUGGAGGUAGAAGCAGAGCCUGGAGACCCGACAGUGAAGCCAGUGGAUUUGGGUGGGAAGGAGCCAAAGGAACAGGUAGCUACCUCUGAAAAUGAGUCAGGAAGGGUUGUUCUUGAGGAGCAGUUUGUAGGGCAAGAAGUGCCCCUUGCUGAGGAGUCCCCAGAGGUGAGAACAGAGGCUGGAUCAGAAGUCUCUGAAAAGCCUGGGCAGGAGGCCAAAGUUUCCCCAAAGGAUGGUACAGUCAAUGGACUGUCAGCUGCAGGAGACCAGACUUCUGUUGAACCACAGACGUCUGCAGAAGGACCAACAGAAACAAAAGAUGGCUCAGGAGUAGAGAAGGUCGGGGUAGAGCUGGUUCCUAGCCAGGUGGAGACUAAACUGUCCAUAGAAGAGUCUGAGGCAGCUGGAGAUGGGGUUGAGACCAAGGUAGCCCAAGGGGCUACAGAGAAAUCACCUGAAGACAAAAUUAAGAUAGCUGCUAAUGAAGAGACACAAGAGAGAGAAGAACAGAUGAAAGAGGGUGAAGAAACCGAAGGCUCAGAAGAGGAGGAUAAAGAAAAUGACAAGGCCGAAGAAAUGCCAAAUGAUUCAGUUCUUGAAAACAAGUCUCUUCAAGAAAAUGAAGAGGAGGAGAUUGGGAACCUAGAGCUUGCCUGGGAUAUGCUGGAUUUAGCAAAGAUCAUUUUUAAAAGGCAAGAAACAAAAGAAGCUCAGCUUUAUGCUGCACAGGCACAUCUUAAACUUGGAGAAGUUAGUGUUGAAUCUGAGAACUACGUGCAGGCUGUGGAGGAGUUCCAGGCUUGCCUAAACCUGCAAGAGCAGUACCUGGAAGCCCAUGAUCGCCUCCUUGCAGAGACCCACUAUCAGCUAGGCUUGGCCUAUGGGUACAACUCUCAGUAUGACGAGGCAGUGGCACAAUUCAGCAAAUCUAUUGAAGUUAUUGAGAAGAGAAUGGCUGUACUAAAUGAGCAGAAGAAGGAGGCCGAAGGAUCACCUACUGAAUAUGAGAAAGAAAUUGAGGAGCUGAAGGAACUGCUACCUGAAAUUCGAGAGAAGAUAGAAGAUGCAAAGGAGUCCCAGCGUAGUGGGAAUGUAGCUGAAUUGGCUUUGAAAGCUACUCUGGUGGAGAGUUCUACUUCAGGUUUCACUUCUAGUGGAGGAGGCUCUUCAGUCUCCAUGAUUGCCAGUAGAAAGCCAACAGAUGGUGCUUCCUCAUCAAACUGUGUGACUGAUAUUUCUCAUCUUGUCAGGAAGAAGAGGAAACCAGAGGAAGAGAGUCCCCGGAAAGAUGAUGCAAAGAAAGCCAAACAAGAGCCGGAGGUGAAUGGAGGCAGUGGAGAUGCUGUCCCCAGUGGAAAUGAAGUUUCAGAGAACAUGGAGGAGGCUGAGAAUCAGGCUGAAAGCCGGGCAGCAGUGGAGGGGACAGUGGAGGCCGGAGCUACAGUUGAAAGCACUGCGUGUUAAGAGAGGGAGCAGAGACUUCCUCUUGAGGGAAAGUUUUUUUGUAUAUAAUGUAUUUUUUCACUUUUGGGGGAUUCUUUUUAUAUAACUUCAAUAAAGAUUGUAAGCAAAGGUUGAGGCUUCGAUGGUUUUUCUUAAAAUAUUGACUGAAUCUGUGCCUUGGAGCACUCCAGGUUUUAUAUAGUGGCCAAAGGUUUUUUUUUUUUUUUAAAUCCCUUCUGUACUGACCUCUGUGCUGGAAGUUUUAAUUCCCAAUUUCUGUGUAAUGUGUAGGUGAUCAGAUCAAGUAUGACUUUAGGCCCCUCAUCUUCCAACGGUGCUAUAUUUUCCAUUUUUAAAUGCCUGGCUGAGCCCAGCUGUCUUGCAAACCUUCAGUGGUGCUGUCCCUGAAUGGGAACUACAAAGAGAAGACUUGAUGAAGAUCUUGCUCUUUGGUGCUGAUCAUGGAUGAUGGACCUUGGCUGUUUGCUCUAAGGCAGCCUCCAGUCAGGCCUUGGGUGGUUCUGUUCUCUACCCACCUCUCCAACUGGGGCCUUAAUCCUACCUUGGAAAAAGAACUUUGAAGAAAACUUGGGGAAAGUGAUCUCUGAGGAAAACAACUGGUCUAUUUAAUUGUAGAGAAUUGAGUUCAGUGGUUUGAAAGGCUGAGGGAUUGUGUUGGACACUUUGAAUGUGGUUGGAAGAAUCUUUGUGGGGAGGCUGGCUGGUUGUUCUAUAAUUUUCUGUAUAGAAAGGUUGAACUGUAUUAAAACUUGGAAUUGUUACCCUUCUGCAGUUCUGACUUCUCAAAUAAAUAUGCUAAAAGGCUCCUGGGCCGGACUUGUGCUUAAAGAUCUUAACAGUGGGAUGCUGGGCUGCCUGGAGCAGUUCAGUGUGGGAUGUGGGGAUUUUAUUUAAUCAUUCUAAUACCCACAGGGCUACUUAGGAUAGACAGUAGGUUAAAAUCUACUGUUUUAACAUCCUAUGAUGCACACAGAGGGACCCCCAAGUAAACCGCAGUUUUCAGCAUUGAUUUUUUUGCUACUCAAAAUGGAGUUUUUUUGUGGCCUGGUAACAGUGACUCACGGCUGCAGAAUCUCUGGCUUAUUCUGGCUUUGAACUUCCUUCCUGAACAUGCUCUUGUAUUGGGUGUUCUGUGUCCUGAGGCUUUUUUUUUUUUUUUGGUCAGGCCAGUACAGUUAUGACACAAUUGAGUCUCAGACUCCUGACCUCCUCUGAUUGACAGUGGGAUCUGGGGCCAGGACAAGUAUAGAUGUCACAUGUGAUCCCACUUGGGCUAGGACCCUACCCUGAAUCUAUAAAUACAGAAGGCUACAGAGCUGCUUAUUUAUGAGGAGCUUAAAUGUCUGGAAAGUUUCUUGGAGGGUGUUCUGAGCUGGGAUUUGUAUGAAGUGCAGCAAUAAGAAUGGCUUUAAGCAAAAGACCAAGUGGGAAUGAGUUUAUCAAGUUCCAUUAGCUGGAAUUAAAAUACCCCUCGUCACCUUACAGAGAACUUCCUAUGUGCCGAACGGUGUUGUAAACAUGUGGGACACUCAUUUAAUCCUUACAUCAAUCUGUUUUAUAAAAGAAAACAAGCACGGAAAGGUCAAGUACUCAUGGAACGUGGUAAAGCUGUGGUUGGAACUAACACUGUGCUCAUAACAGCUGUUUGACUUCAGACCCUAUGUUAGGAUGUGGAGUAGUAAAGCCACAGGUCUGAGAACACAGCUCAGUCCAGGCCCUAGUCCUGUGCAUGUUAAGACACUCAUAUCUGCAGUCAGUAUCUGGGCUCAGAAACUCAUGGGGGUGGGACAAUACUCUGGUGAGGACCCAAACUCUCAUCUCUAUCUUUGAGUCCAUUAAGGGGUUCCUCUGCAGGAGGUGGUGGAUCAGCAAAGCCAGCUGAGGGGGUGAGGGUGCUGGCUUCCAGCGAAGAUGAGCUGGACAUCUGUGGAAUGGGGAAAGACAGGUCCUUAGCAAGACUGUAGACGUUAAGAGCACAGGUUUUGGUGUCAGACUACCUUAAUUUGAUCCUGUCUUGACGAUGUACUGUGAACCUACUUAAAACCUGCUUGUGCCUUGAUUUCCUCAUCUGUUACAUAAUGAUGUUGGGUACUGUCGAGGUAAUUCGGCUCAUAGCGAUCCCACAUGACAGAGGAGAAUUGCUCCAUGGAAUAGUCUAGGCUUUAAUGUUCACAGGAGCAGAUUGCCAGCUCUUUAUCCUGCUGAGCAGCUUGGCGAGUUCAAACCUCCAGCCUUUUAGUUAGCAACCUGGUUGCAUCACCAGGGCUUAUUAAUAAAAACAAGCAAAAACCAAAGCCACUGCUGUCAAGUAAAUUCUGACUCAUAGCGACCCUGUAGAGUUUUCUAAGGCUAUUAAUCUCUACAGAAGCAGACUGCCACACCUUUUCUUGAAGAGCUGCUGCAGUUUCGAACUGCAGACUCUUCAGUUGGCAGUUGAGUGCCUUCACCACUGUGCCACCAGGGCUAGUACCUAUCUAAUAGGGAUGUGAAAGAGCCCUGGUGGUGCAAUGGUUAAGCACUCAGCUAACAGGUUGGUUCAUACCCAUCAGUUGCUUCAUGGAUGAAAGCUGUACCAGUCUGUUUCAAUUAAGAUCUACAGCCUUGGAAACCUUAUGGGGGCAGUUAUACUCUGUCCUAUAGGGUCGCUAUGAGUCGGAGUUAAUGUAAUGGAAGUGGGUUUGGGUUUUUGGAAAUGUAAGCUGUUGCGUUAAUGUACAGAAAGCAUUUGGUAGUAACUGGCAUACAGCGGUCAAUCCAAAGGCUGGCUAUUAUAACUAUACCUUUGGUACCCCUAUCUCCAGUUGGACCCUCACCAGAGGUGGGUCCUGGUACUCGUGGGCAUUUGCUGGGUUGACCUCUGCCAGUGUCUGGACACCUGCAUCUCUCGCAUUCACCAGCCGCAGAAAGAGCUCAGCCUCACCUGCCUGGGGAGAGGCAACAUGGUACUGCAUCUGUAUCUUGGAUGACAAGACCCAGCCCCCACCCUUCAUACUCACCUGGGGAAUCCCGUUCAGCUGCCCAAGGCUAAGGCUGGAGUCCACAGGAAAGGACUGAAGUGGGAGGCGCCAGCGGCCACUUAACACCUGCUGAUCCCGGUUGAAUAGUACUAGGGAGGCCCAGGCCUUUGGUUGUGGUGUCCUAGCCCAUGCUAGCCCCUGCCAGGCCCACAGCUCACAGACCAAGGAUACUGAUGGUGAGGGUGGCAGUCUGCAGAAAAACCAAAAAGGUAUCAGCAGAACUGCAUGCCUUUCUAGGAUUCAGUCCUCAGAGCUAAUGGUCCUGUACACAGAUGAGAAACUUUGCCAGGGUAAGGACACUAAGAGACAAGCCUCAAUUGUGGCAAAAAGCCCCAAAAUCAUAAUCCCAAUGUACUGACCUGGGCACAGGCUGCCUGCUGGCAAGGAUAGCACAGUUGCCCAUGGGCCCAGGAGCUGGAGGUGGGGGCAAACAAAUGGCGGGGGGCAACGCCGUGGUCCCUCCUGUAUCCUGUCCAUCUCGAGCCAAGCCAGUCACUAGCUGCACCCAAAUCCAAGAGGCCUCAAGGCCUCGCAGGAAGUCAUAGAAGAUGACCAGACCGGCCCUGGGGAAUGCUGGUCUAAGCACACAGGCAUGCAACCCUCCCUCCCAGCCAGCUUCCCACUCCUAACUGGCCUUAGUUGGUCUUGACUAGCAGUGGUGACCAAGUCAGAUGGCUGGCAGAGGGGGCAGGUCUCACCCAGGGUCGUAGGGGUCAGGGCCCAGCACGUCAGACGGUGGUAGGAGGUGUGGGUCCAGCCCCAGGUUCCUAACCGUAGUUCCAGAAAGCAGCGGCUGUCAGGGAACAAAGGACACUCCAGAAAGCCUCCUAGCUGCCCAUGCUCCCUCAAUUGCAAAGAGCAGAGCUGCCCGAUUCCACCCCUUGGGUCCUCACAGCCUUGCCAGCGCCACCCCAAAACACGGCGUCUGUGGCUGGUGGAAACGGCGGCAGUGGGGGAGCCACCAGCGGCGGGAGGAGUGGGGGAUCUCCCCUACCCCUCAGGUGAGCUCUGGGACUGGGCAGAUCCCUGGGACCUAGGAGCAGAGAAAAAGUUAGGCUCUGCUGAGCAGGGAGCUAAGACUGGGCUACCAUACCACUACUCUGAGAGCCCAGCCCGUGAAUGAAUUCGCGGAGUCACGGGGAUAAAAGAGGCACACACAGAAACAUGGUGACACGCGAGGACACAGACGAUACGGGGCACAAACACCAGUUUCAGUUCCCGUACAUGGUCCCACUACCCCUUCCUCUGAGCCCGGGCUGCUAAAGGUACGGCUGUUAGUACUGACCCCAGGGCAUUCUGCCUGCACCCCUCUGCAUCUGCAGACACAGGAUUUCUGCCUCCAGGCGCUGGUUCUCGGCCUCAACUACCCGAAGCUUCCCCGAGGCGGCACCUGCCCUUCUUUCUGAGAGGAACAAGUCUGAUCUGUCACGUCUGACUAAUGGCCGGCUGGGUCCCGUUCUGACCAGCUCUCCAGUCAUAGGACUCUCUGGACAAGGCUGGACUUGGGGGCUCAUUCUAAUCACUACCACAGAGACCACCCAGGUUUCCUACCACGGGGCCUCAGCUCAGGUGGUUCUCCUCCCAGGACUAAGACCACCGCUUCUGAGAAGCCCUCUGGGCUGGCCCCUCCUGUUUACCCCUGCGCGCCCGCGACCGCCACAACUCCAGUGCUGAUGCCUCCACUUGUAGCUGCCACAUCUGGCCCAGAAGGCCGGGGUCCCGGCCCCCGCCCCGAACGUAGGCCUCAUGCAGGGCCCUGAGCGGGGGAGAACAGGAAGGCAGAAGUCUUUACACGCCUGGUCAGCGCCUCGCCUCGAACCCGUCCGCGGGCUUCGGACCUCACCCGAUCUCGGCAGCCAGAGUCCCUGGGUUGGCCUGGACCACCGGAAAACCGAGUUCAGCCUCUGCGAAGGCUUUCAGCCGGGGCCUGGGCGGGGAGGUGACGGGCUGGGAAACGGCAUCGCCGACCAGAUGCUGGGCCUCCUGCAGCCCCGCCCCUCCCGGCUCUUACACGUUCCGCCUUCCGGGUCGCGUGGGCCUGCUCCUCGCUGGGCCGCUCCUCUUCCGGACUCCCGCCCAGCGCCCCGCCUCCGUGAGUCCCCGCCCUCCAGAGCGAGCUCGGCGGGGAGCCCGCCGCGCAUAGGCCCCGCCCCCGCCCCGCCCCUCGGAUCACACCCCAGCGCUUCCGGUCUCACCCUGUCAGGGGCUGUAGCUGUUGGACGCGGCCCUCUAACGCCUUUAGAGCUCCCCGCGUCCGUCCGGCGUCAGUCCAGAGUUCUCGAAGCUCUCGCUCCAGGCCUAAUGGACGGGCUAUCCCGCCCCGGGUCCUGGCCACACCCUCGAGACGCUGGCUCAGUUCUGCGGGCGUAAGGGAACGGGGCAGAGCGGGUCGGAGCAGCCUUAAGCCAAGCGGUGAGGGGCCCUAGUACCCCACUUCCUCCUCACCCUCGCCGCGUCGCUCCAGGGCCCGACCCUGGGCCUUGGUCUCUGCCACGCGCCUUGCGUAAUUCUCGUUCAGCGCCCGCAGCCGCUCAUCUGGGCUUCCCGUGGCGUUGGAGUUGAGGUCUUGAGGCGGGGCCUCUGAACCUGAGCACCUCCAGUGCCCCUCUGACCCCCUGGGGAUCUCUGUUACCCGGGAUUGCAUUUCCUGCAGGCAAAGCCGCAGACGCUGCACCUGGAGGUAAACAGUGAACGCGUCUCUGUUGCAGUAACCUGACCCAUCCAUAGGUUUAGGAAGGACACUAAGAUUCUUGAGCCCGUGGAAAGCCGGGUGUACCUCCUCAGUUAGCCUCUUUAGAGCCCACUUGCUAGCCUCCUGGUCUGGGAUGCCCUGGGGUUCUUCUGGCGCAACCUGAGAACAGGGUGUAGUGAAAAUCCUGAAGGUUAGGGUUCCCUGAAUGCCCAUCCAUGGCAAGAGAGGCCCUUACCACGAGGCUCCCUGGUUCAGUGGCUGUUGAGGGCUGUGCUCCAAGUGUCACCUUCUGGCUGGAGUGGCCAAUGCAGAAGCGGUGGGUGUGGGUGGCCAAGAGGGCCUGGGAUCGGAAAACCAUGUCACAGGCCCCACAGGUCAGGAACUCUGGCUCCCCAGAGGGAGAGGCCAUUGGAUGGGACCCUUUUCCUGAUACCAGCCAAAACCUGUGGAAAACAAGGGCAGGGAAAAGGCAGAGCCUGAUGAAACACGCAGGGAAGAAAGGCCAGGUCUAGAAAGUCUCCAAGAUCUUUGGGUUUGUUUGGGGAGGAGCCUUAGCUCCCAGGGCAGCAACUACAUACAGGUCCAGGCAGGUCUGAAACGGGUGGGGAAGGCCUGGUCACCUUUGGGAGGAGCCCAUGGCUUGAAAAAUCGUCACAAAAAUGUUUCACCUCAUUGCAUGAGCUUGGGCAAGUCACAUUGGUUUCCUUGCCUAUACUAAUAAAGGGGAAUGAACAGCUGCCUCCUUAUCACCCACUCUGUCACUCAUCAUUUAGUAGCUGCUGGCAAGAGUCACUGCUCUGUUCUCAAGUGGAUACACAGUGCAGGGCACCCGGCAGGUCCUGGCUCUGCAGAAUAUACUCCAAGUAAAGUAUUCUUCAGAACAGGGAACACCUGGGAGAAGAGGCAGUCUUGCCCUUUUGGAAGGUCUGCUUGGAAACUCUUCUUUUACCUAGACUGAAUAGCUAGCUCUUCCCAGCACCAUGCCUCUCUGGACACAACCACAGCUUUUGCACAGCCUAGUCACACCAGGGUCUCUAAAGGUCUCUCCCUAACUUCCAUCCCCCAACUUGUGUGUGUUUGCAGCUGUAAUGGGAGGAUAAUCAGCACAGUUCAAGAAAAUCAGCAAAGCUCUGUGAGAACAUAAUGAAUUUAUCAACUGAGGGAAUCAAGUCCAGAAGGUACUUACUCCUUUCCUCAAGUCUGGGAAGGACCAAACCACAUCUCUCCUACUCCCUCUACCUGUGAGUAUCUGCAUCCGUCAGGUUAUGAAGAGGAAGAAGGUCCAAGCUAUCCACAUGUGGAAUGAAAACUUUUCUAAACAAGACAGACAAUGCAUUUCUCCCCUACACCAUGUAAGACCAAGGUUUGACCAGCAGCAGGUUACAAAGUGUUUCAAAGUAUGUGAUUUCAAACCAGUUCAAUUCUGACUGAGAAAAAGGGUACUACAUUUUUAGAAAAUUAUUAAGUGGCAAAGCCCAAGUAUCAACCUACUUCUGACUCCAAGUUUAGUAAUUUCGCAAUACAUUGUUAGAGUUCAGAGUUCAUUUUAUAGUAUUUCUCUGAUUCUAAGAUGCACAUUUUUUUAUAUUUUAACAACACAUAAAUCAGGAUUCACAAUGAGGGAGGAGUCAUAAUAUAACUGGCAGGAGUUCUCCUACUGCUACAUUGUGUGUUAAAACCAACGCUGUCUUACAUUCAAUGAAAAAGUUCUUACUGCUCUUACCUCAACUGCCAUUCGCUCUUGGAUUACUUACACCAUUAGCAGUAGGUUCAGUAUGGCAGAUAGGGGCUCUGCCUUCCCGGCCUGUAGAAUCUAGCAAAUGUCCUACUGGCCUCUAGCCUCCCCAUCUGGUCUAGAGAUAACACUACAAAUAAUCUUUCUAACAUGCUAUCAGGCCUGUUCUGUCUAUGCUUGUCUCCCAUGAGAGUAUGAUCUUGAGUCCCGAGUUAAUUAUCUACUAGCGACUAAUUAGUGUAUGGAUGUCCAAAGAGUGCCAAAAGAUGUUUAAAUUGAUUUGUCCAUCACAUCUUGGCUGGAGGUUUCAUCUUCGUUUUUUUAGCUUUCACUUUUCCCUCCACGAGGCUGGGCACUCCUUGUAUUCCUGAGACAUGAAAACAGGAGCUUGGGAAGUAUUUGUGGAAUAAAAGAGCUUGCUUCCUCCACUGAACACCCAACUAGAACUGCCUCAAAUCCCUUCUCUCCCAUGCUCUUGUGUACCGGUAAGGUCCUAUCUGCCAUACAGACCUUAAAAUGUGCACAUUGAUGAAUACAUUGUUGUUUGCUGCUGCCUGCUAUCUAGUAGAUUCCGACUCACAGCAACCCAUGUGACAAAGCAGAGCUGCCCCAUAGGGUUUUCUUGGCUGUACUCUACAGAAGCAGACUGCCAGAAGUUCCUCCUGCAGAGCUGCUGGGUGGAUUAGAACAGCCGACCUUUUGGUUAGCAGCAGAGCACUUAACCAUUUGCACCACCAGGGAUCCUUGGUAAAUAUACAGGCAGUCAAAAGUGGUUCUGGUGAAGGAAAAUUGGGUUUCUAAUUUUAUUACAGGUAUGCUCUGCUUUUCGCAAGUUUGCUUUAUGCCACUCUGCUUUUAUGAAAGACCUACAUCAGUACCUGUUUCCACUAACUGAAGAGGAUUUUUGCUUUCGUAAAAAAUGGAUAGUGUUCAGUGUUUAUUCUGCAACGAGCCACGGAAAAGGCAGUACCCACCCAAGCAACCAGAGUGGCGCUGCCAAGCUCCUUCCCCACACUUGGCAUCGAGCCGCCACAGCUCUGAGCUGUGUCUGAGCACUUGUACUUUAUCUCAAUUUGGCAAGAUGUGUCCCAGCUCUGUGUGAUUUGGUAUGAUUUCGGUAGGCAGUUUUUUGGGUCUGGGAACGAGCAAACAUUUUUCCCAUAUAAAUUAAUGUUAAUUGCUUUUUUAUGCCAUUUCGAUUUACAAAAGGUUUCACUGGAACAUGACUUUGCACAGGGUUUUCUGCAUCAAAAAAGUAUCUGCUAAGAGGAGAAACAGAUGUGCCUGGUUUCAGAUUCCCCCAGAUGCUAAAAAUGUCCCCCCUAAAAAAGAAUCCAUUUCAUCUAAUUUUAAAGAAAAUAUUCUCAACACAAGACAAUCCAAACUGAUGCAAAAUAUUUAUUCCAAGUUAGUUAUUUUAUGCAGUUUUCCCCCUCAUAACAGACUUGUGAUAGCCACAUUUUUUAAAUCUGUAAAUAAUGUUAUCAAAAUAAUCUUAAUCUUUGAAAUCUCACAAAAAUUUAUAUUUUACAAUCCACCCUGAAUAUCAAGGCUGCAAGAAUAACACAACAUUUCCUAUAUCCAAAUAUUUUACAGCUGUACCCAAAAAGGAAAAAAAAAAAGAAAACCACAUUUGCUUGGUUAAGGGCUAAA